UAAGCUCACGCCAAUGCGAAAGGCAAUUCAGUCCAUGGAGGAAGUGGAGGAUACAUUCCUAGACAAUGCUCUGACACGAAGACGUUACAGUACCAACGUCGCUCUCCUCAAAUGUGCAGUAUUCUAUUGGACCUACAGUCUAAUGGAGCGGGUUGAACCAAUACGAGUCAGCUCAUUAGCUCAUAGAUAUGAUUUCAAUCCCAAACCUCUGAAGGACCUUUGUUGAUGCCCUAGACAAAAGAUGCGGAGAAAAUUCCACUCAAAUCAGAAUUGACACGAAGGAAGUUCAUGUUACCCAAGUUUCUCCCCUCAAAAUGAGGAAUUCCGCUUCCCCUACAAAGUCACCAUCCAAAUCAGCUCUAAGAGGCCGUACACUCGAACUAACGCCUGCAAAAGCCCUCGCGCAAAAACGCGGCGUUGUGUUCUCGCAGGAAACAUUGAGCGGCCCCGAUGACGAUUUGCAACCAGAAACACCCAGCAAAAGGCGCAGAGUAGAGUCGCCUAUCAAAGCGACCGGACAUACCCCGCACAAACGUUCACAUCUUGUUACACCGACCUCGACCUCGGCUUUUCAUCUCGCGCUGAGCGGGACUAUCCAUCAUGCACCUCCUACGGAAGAACCUUCCCCAUUUCUUUCCACUGUUAACAAAAUCCCUCCUCCAGUUUCCAGUCCCUCUACUCCCCGUCGAACACGGAAACCUCAGUCAACUCCUGCAGAACCCUCAUAUGCGAUGGACGUCGAUGAGCCGGAACAGCAUGCACAGCCUUCACGCAGACGCUUUAGGCCAAUUUUCCUUGACAGUAAACAAUGGUGCAGUCGCGAUCCUAAACUCGAGGCGAUUUGGGCUCGAGCACAAAGGCAUGUGGAAGGCAUGACGAGUUUAUAUGGAAAUCCAUUGCAGAAGUAUGGACAUCAGCAUACAGCGGCAACAUGAUCCAGAUGGCACACUGAUUUGUUGUUUCCGUGUUCGUUGGGAAGAGCUUGAAAGCCUCAGGUGAUGGUCAGGUUGAUACUAUUUUAUCUUGUCGUGUUAUGCUUUGUGCUGGUCGGUCGCAAUCACAAACCUUAUUGCAUCAU